AUGUCGUUGCAGUUGGCAGAAUAUUUUAGCAACCCUUCCUCAAGGGUGGUUAAGAAGGAGCAGCUGGAGAAGGAGCAGCUGAAGAUUGAUAAGGAGAUUUCUAAGUCAGCUGACGAGUCAUCUACAAAUACGUUGUAUACCGGAUGGGCUUCCAAGUUUUAUUAUAACUAUCUCUUGGUUGAUAAGGCAAGUUCCAAUGUUUCACUUAAAGAGUCCUUUUUGUAUAAUUAUGAUUUGAGGCCUGUCGAAAGCGAGAGGCGAGUUUGGUCCUGGUUUAAUUACUUCUACUUUUGGGUUGCGGAUAGCAUCAAUUUGGGCAGUUUCCAGGUGGCAGCUAAUGGUUUACAGAUGGGUUUGAAUUGGUGGCAGUGUUGGCUUACUGUUUGGUUUGGCUAUUCUUUUCUAGCCGUUCUUGUCACCCUUGUAUCUAAAAUGGGUUCAAAUUACCAUAUUUCUUUCCCUAUAACUAUAAGGGCUUCGUUUGGGAUAUUUUUCUCCCUGUGGCCUAUAAUAAAUCGUGUGUUGAUGGCUGUGAUUUGGUAUGCUGCUCAGUGCUUUAUUUCUGUUGGUCCUAUUUCUAUCAUGUUGAAAGCGAUAUUUGGGACAGAUGUGGAUACGAAGAUGCCGACGACAAUUAAUGAUCCUAACCUAACAUCUUACCAAUUUCUUUGCUUUAUGAUAUUUUGGUGUAUUUCAUUGCCAUUCUUAAUUGUGGCUCCGCAGAACUUGAGGCACCUCUUCACCGCAAAAGCUGCUAUGGUGCCGUUUGCAGCUUUUGGUAUGCUUAUAUGGGUGUUAUCUAAAUCUGGAGGUAAGAUAGAAUUAGGUUCAUUAAACGACUUUGAAAUACAUGGUUCAGAAUUUUCUUGGGUUUUUAUUAGGUCGAUUAUGGGUUGUAUAGGCAAUUUUGCAACGUUAAUUAUUAAUGUACCUGAUAUUACGAGAUUUUCUAAGACUAGGAAAUCUUCACUAUGGGUACAAGUGGUUUCUAUUCCUAUGUUGUUUUCCCUCACCUCAUUGAUAGGGAUAUUAACCAAUGCUGCUGGGUACAAGGUAUUUGCUGUUAAUUAUUGGUCACCAAUUGAUGUUCUAGAAAAGCUACUGGAAGCUAAUUACUCUGCUAGUUCUCGGGCAGGUGCCUUUUUUAUUGCAUUUAUCUUCACCAUUGCGCAACUUGGAACAAAUAUUAGUGCGAAUUCAUUAUCUGCGGGCACAGAUAUGACUGCAUUGCUACCAAAAUUCAUUGAUAUCAAACGAGGCUCUGUUAUCUGUGCGUUGCUCGCAUUAUGUAUAUGCCCUUGGAAGUUCAUGUCUUCUUCAUCCAAGUUCAGGGAUGCGUUGAGUGUAUAUGCUAUAUUCUUGUCUAGCAUUGCUGGUGUUGCAGUAGCCGAUUAUUAUGUUGUAAGACGUGGCUAUUUGAAAUUAAUCCAUCUAUAUUCAGUGAAUGAGAAAUCCUUUUACAUGUAUGGUAACAAGUUUGGAAUUAAUUUUAGAGCUCUCGUAGCCUAUAUUUGUGGGCUUGUUCCAAACAUUCCAGGUUUUAUUGCCACCGUAGCUGAUGACGUUCAUGUUUCAGAAGGGGCCAUUAAGUUAUACUAUUUAAACUAUUGGGUUGGAUUUUCUUUGUCUUUUGUUAUCUAUCUAGUGAUGUGCCAUUUCUUUCCUGUUAAAGGCUCACCAGUUAAACACAUAUUCACAGAAAAAGGCUGGUAUGAAAGAUGGGCUUAUGUUGAGAACUUUGAAGGAGAGUGGUAUACCCAUAUUGAAAAUCCAGAGUUAUUAGAUGACAAUAUCAGUUUGAAAGAUGAAGACUUGCAUUCCAGGUAA